CACCCACUCAGCAACCAUUGCUGCUGCUGUCACGACCACCUCUUCUCUCCGCUCUACGUUCUACGCCAGGGCGUCCGCAUCGGCACGUCUGCGGGCCUAGCCACGCACGGCUGCGAGCUCGCCGCAACGCACCGGCCCUGCGUUGCGUCUUGUCUUCGCCAUGACGGACUCAAGCCCAAACGCAGAGCCGGCCGCGCCGAACCCCUUCGUCGCUGCGGCAGCGAGCCUUUCUGGUGCAAGCGACGCUGCUCCCAGCUCCGCGGCCGCUACUUCAAGCUCCCACCAUGCCGCAGCGACGAGCGACGCCUCGUCGAGCGCCGAACGCGCUGAUUCGACGGCAACCGCUGCCUCAAGCCGUCACGAAGCUGCCGAGAUGACUCCUCCUUCGCACUCUCUCGCCACUCCGCCUGCGGGCCUUUCUGCUGCCGCAAGCACGGCCGGCGCUGCCUCGAGCCUUCCUGCGACGACUCUUGGAGCGCCUCGCACGGAGUCCAGCGGGCCGCUGGCCCGUCUUCCGCCCGAGCUGCUGCUGCUGCUCGUCGACUCGCUCGAUGCGGACUCCUACCUCGCGCUAGCGCAGACGUGUGGUCACCUGCGCCGCGCCUUCCGCAAGCCGAUCUUCCUCAAGCACAUCGUCGCGUGCCCGAGCAGCGACAAGCCGCGUCCGUGGGAGCGGCGUGUGUCGGACCCGCUGUGGGAGCAGCUCAUCCUCGAGACGAAGCUCGUCAAGCGCGCCACCUCCACCCCGCUCCGCUGCUCGGGCCUCGAGCAAGACUCUGAGAUUGCGCAGACAAUGAGUCUAAGCACAGACGGGCGCUACAUCGUGUACCAAGUGUCUUGCCUCUUCGCCGGCUUCCACAUUUCGCCGCGGGCGCCUGCACCGUCGCGCCAUUACACGGUGUGGCUGUGGGACAUCUUUGCCGACUCUCACUUCGAAUUGGCGGACUUGGCUCCUCAGGCUUGCCAUAAUGGCUUCAGCUUGCAUGUAGAGCACGAUCUCCUGCUCGUCUACCACAGGGGCGAGACGACUUUGUGGCACCUCAACGAUCUGUCUGCGCCGCUGUUCUCUCAGACUCUGGACUACAACGCAACCUCGCCUCGGGUGCGGCCCGUGCAGGAUAGCUCAUCCUGCGGGCUCGCAGACUCGGGCAGAUAUCUCGUCGUACGCGUUGCCAACAGCAACGAAGUUUCAGUGCUGCAGGUCGACGCGCUCAAGAGACAGGGCUUGCCCGCAGCUCGCGUGCUUAGCUGGAAGGAGGUCGACGCCUUUGCCUUCUCAAGCGCCUCGUCGGACGUUCUCAUUGCCGCUGAUCAGCGCGUUCAACACUGGAACGUCGACACCCGUCAAAUGCUGCACGAGGAAGACUACGCGCACUUUCCAGCACCUCCAGGGCUGCUCGCGAUGAGUCAAGACGGGAAACGAGCUGUCGCUUGUCCAUGGGGCAGCGGAAAGUGGGGAGCUGUUCAAGAGUCGUGCGCAUGGGCACUGAGGGAGCCUUCAUGGCCUCUUACGCGCUUUCCGUCGCUCGACGUCUGUCGCGCUCGUUACGCCGAGUACGACUAUGGCCGCCCACACGUGCUGUCUUCCGACGGGCGCUUCUGGGCUUACUCAGUCUCCUUCUACCCCGACGUAGACGACGAGGGAGGUCAGAUCGACGACGACGACUUCGCACACCACUUUACGAUCCUGCACGACCUGAUCAAUCCUGCAGCGCCGCCUCUUGCUGUGAGGGACUGGGGCGACUACGACGAGAGAGAUACCGACGAGGCUUUCCGAUCCGAGAUGGUCGCCAAGCUGCUCUUCAUCGAGCUGGCCGGAAGCCAGUCGGCAAUCGAAUCGUCGCGCCCAGUGGAGCUCGCCGAAUGCUCAGAUUCGCAGACGGCCGAAGAGGCGUCUUGGGCUCUGGAGAGGGUAAAUGCCCAGUAUGUCGAGAUCGAACGAGCUUCCGACGCUGCCGGCAAGGAUGCGACAUCGCCCGCGCCACCAGCCUCACUGCUGCGCGACCAGAUGGGAUGGACGGAGCUUUUUGCCGCAGAGCUGUCGCGGGACAAGCGCUGGGUUGCCUUGUCCGGCGGCGAACUUAUGAAGAUCGUGCUUGUGCCGCUCACGGCGCCGCACGACCUCUACGACGAUGCGUUCGACAGGCGUCCGUACGAGCCAUCUUUGCACGACGAAGCCGGCGUCGACUGAGCCGCACGCCGGCACACGCACAAGCAGACGGAUUCGCGGCGCCGGCGCCGGCGCCAGGAUCGCAAGCUCCGGCCGCACUCGGCUCUUCUUCGUCCAACACACCACGGCACACUCCGUCACUUCCCGCCUCUGCUCUCUUCCUCUCGCGGCGCUGCUGCGCUCUGUCCCCUCUCGACCCUCUCGACCCUCUCGACCCUCUCGACCCUCUCGACCGCCUCGACCGCCAUGAAUGAUCAUCACUUUGCCGUGUGCCUCUGUCUGACGCAGCACCGAAGGUAGCGGUAGCGCGUCGAAGGCAGAACGGCGCGGCGUGCUUG